AUGCUAUUAAUACGAAGGACCGUUCGAGAGAGAGAGAGAGAGAGAGAGAGAGAGAGAGAGAGAGAGAGAGAGAGAGAGAGAGAGAGGAAUCCCUUAGCCCUCUGCCCUCUGCCUCAUCCCUCUGCCCUCUGCCCUCCAAAGCUAUUUAAGGGUUCGCCACCACCUCGCACGCCUCCGCAAGAUUCAGCGUCCGGCACAUGGUCAGCAUGGAGUCUCUCCCCGCGCGAGUGGGGGGAGGUGCAAUCGGAGCCUCACGCUGAUAUGCUGUCUCCCGGCCCGGAAGUCGGCCUCCCGAGAAGGGCUGCGCGGAGAAGCCAGGGACCUGCCGAGGGGUGCGGAACAGCGCCCUCCCCUCCCGCACGGGCAGAUACUCGCUCAAUACCGGCGCGCGCAGAGGGGCCGCGACGUCAGGGGCUAGGGCGUGAGAAUGACCGUUGGUCACUUCGAUGUGGACGUGAGUUGGCUCACCAGUCGCUCGCGCCUGGUGCAUCGCCGCUGCAAACACAUUCACGGCUUCACCAACCACAGGAUCCUCCCCGCGACCAGCUCCGCCGCGACCCGCUCCAUUCCGCCGACCCUGACGGCCACCAGAGCCCGCCGAGUGCGGAGGGGGGGGGGAUUGCUCGCGACGCCCAGAAUCCCAUCGUCGCCCAGGAGAACCCCUCCCCCGCCUCGCCGGAGAUCGACGCGGAGAGCGCUGCGUGGGGGAUCGCGCUUGCGGUGAGCGCUGGGCUGCCCGAUCUUGGGGAGAUCGGUGACGGGGAGAGCGGGGGCUCGCAGGCGACAGCUGAUCGCCAGCUCCGUGGCGGCGAAGCUCGCGUUGACCAGGAGAGCGACGUCGAGGGGAACGUUGCUGCUGGGGCUGGCGCUGCGGCGAUCGCCCACGCUCAUGAGGCGGCUGUCCAACCGGACGAUUCGACCCAACGCGGGCCGGCGCCCACGAAUACUCAGGAGAGUUUGGGCGCGCGCUCGCCUGAUGAGGGGUCCAUCACGCCCGAACGAACCGCCGCGGACGCCAGCGGGCCGUCAAAGGAGGGGCCUUGGUACCGCCUCGGCGCCACAAUCGACACGCAAUAUUGCAGCGGCGGCCUCCGCGCAGCACGGAAUCUGCGUAGGAAGAGGAGGGAGUCGGGGUGGUCGUAG